AUGUUGUCGUCAACGGAAGGCGAUCAAAGAAUGCCAUUUUAUUACCAGUCACCUCAUCAACAUCUUCAACCGCCUGCAAUGCGUCAUCCCGGUUAUACUGAAAUAAUACGGUUCCAAUCUUACGAUGAUCAUGGUAUUCGCGCCGGCCGACAUACAACAAAUCAUGGUAAUUUGCAAAUUCGUCAAGAUCAUGGUUAUCCGAAUUAUCCAUCAGAGCAAGCACAAUAUUUUAAUAAUGCUCCACGUUUUAUAAGAAAGCAAAGUGCAGAUAAGAGAAGUAAUCAAAAAUACAAGGAUCAAUAUCUCAAAGUGAAUCGCAUGCAAUCGAGCACAGGAAAAGAUGGUAUUCAAUCAAAUCACCAACUGAAAAAAAAUACAAACGAACAACAAAGGACCACAUCGCCAGAUAGUGGAAUUGUUGAGAGAUGCAGUCCAACAUAUGAUCAAACCAGCUCCAAAUCAGAGCAAUGUGAUAGUAGUACUAACGCAGAACGCCUAUUUAUUAAUGAUGCGACUUCACAAGCUGUAACGAUGAAGGCAGUCUCUUUGGGGGAUCGUGAUAAAAUUGUCAGCCAUACUGAUGUGGAAUGCAUAAAUUCUGAUCAGUUUUACGAUGGUAAUCAUAAAGAUAAUGAUAAAGUACCUGUUGAAACUAUACAUAAAAGUUCAAAUAUCAACUAUAAAAUGCACGUAACCCCAUCGAAUGCAGACGAUUUACUGGAUGCCGUUUCUGUUCAACUGAAAGAUGCAGAACACACAUUUAAUGAUAAAAAUGUAGCACCUCAGAUAAUGUGUGGGUGUGAAUCAUUGGAGGACGUUAAAAAUCACGCCGCAUCUAGGGUAUAUCUUGCUGAUGCUGACAAGAUAGUUACUAAUAAAGAUCAAAAUAUAGAACACGUUGGUGUCAGUACAGAGCGUGAUUGUGACAAAUCUGAAAAGGAAAAUAUGAACUUAGAUAACAACAAACAGGACCUAAACGAAUGCAUCCAAGACUCAGUUAAGAAAAUUAAGAAGAAUAUUAACAAGAAAAUUCGAAAUCCAGAAACACAUCAGCUUUAUUGUAACUGGUGCUUCUGGUACGAUUGCCCCUCAAGAGGCAAUGUUAAGCCUGUCAAACAAGAUUCCACAUCUUAUCAAGAUUCGUUAAACAUUAUAAAUGUUAUUACUACGAAAGGUAUAAAGCCAAUGUGGGAAGAUAAAGCUAAUCAGGAUGGAGGAAAAUGGGUAAUGACUAUUGGACAAUCACAUCCGGACCUAGUAAACAAUCUAUGGAAUGAAUUGUUAAUGGCCCUUGUUGGUGGACACUUUGAAUACAAUGAUGAAAUUUGUGGUGCGGUACUUUCUCGACGAAGAGAAGAUAAGAUUGCUUUAUGGACUAAACGAAGCGGUGCCGAUACAAUUAAUCUUUUGAUAGGGAAGCAGUUCGUUAAAACUUUAGCUUACGCAACGGGACUUGAGAAGAUGAUGGAAUCGUUUUUGUGCGAGUUGUCAGGUGGAUUUUUACGUGAUAUUAGAAUAGAUUAUCUAAUUCACAAAGACUCAGUAAAAACUGGAACCUCCUAUAUGAAUCGACAGCAUGCCACUAAACUUAGUAUUAUCGAGGGCAUGAGCAAAGAUUUGCGAAAUUAA